AUGGAGAGUCGCCCCAAGAGCCUCGAAGACGACGACGCAGACGUCGAGCCCGACCAAUUCCUGUCAGAUCUGCCACCUCCAGAUCGUUUGGAACUCCCAACCGCCUCAAGUUCCGCGUCUGGACUGCAGCCCACGCCGUCCGCUCCUUUGUCCGCUGCCUCGGAGCCGCACGAGCGACGUGCCCAAGUCGGAGCAAGUCCCUAUUUGGCUCCGUUUACGCCGGGUGGUUCACCCCCUCCCUUUAAGGCCCCGGUCACUAUCAAGGGACGGGGAGUCAAUCGUAGUAAUAGUAAUAUGACUACUGCGAGUAAGAGUGGUCCAAAUAUGACUAUUCAGAAUAAUACCAGCAGGACCAGUCGAGACGUCAAGCCGUUGAAAGACGAUACAGCGACUGCUGGAUUCAUGCAUCCAGUGUUACUUCAAGACGACGUCAUGAAGCACUUGCCGCCACGAGUACUGGAGACUCUCGUGGACAUUGUCACGACAUUGGACCAACUCACAAAUGGGGUCGCGGAUUUUCGACCGGAUCAGCUCAAUUUUCUCACGGCAAAAGCCACGCAGUACGUGGAGUUACUUCACCAAGCAGAUCAAGCAGCAGCAGGUUACGAUGCCGACAUUCCGUUGCAAGUGCUACGGAAUAUGGAUGCAUCGGAAGACUCGAAUCCCGAGUUGUUUACGAAGACGCAGUUGGAAAAGUGCCAUGAAGAGAGUCAGCAAGCAGCAGCAAAGGUCGAGACACUAACGAUGCUGAAAGGAGCGUUACAAGCUGGACUGAAAGACCUCUAG